GACUCUCUUCCAUUCCACUUCAUAUAGUUUUUGGGCCUGGGGAGGGCACCAGGUCGGUGAUCCAGUAGAAGAUGGUAAAGAGGCCCAAUUGUAAUAUGGAUUGAGAGAAUGGCGCGCCGCAGCUUUCAAAAAGUUGAAAAGCGCGGCGAGGCCCGCUUUCUUCCCGCCUGAGAAUUUGGGGCGUGUCUGAGCUCCCAUGAUGAAUAACAUACUCUCACUCUCUCACUACACUGCAACCUGCAAUUCCAAUUUUUUAGUUGAGGAAACAUGUAAUAGAAUCCUCCUUCCUCUCACUACCCGAACCAAAUUUGAGGUAGUUCAUUUCUUACGCCACUCUAUUUGUAGGGUUUUCGGUGUUUGUUAUUGAAGUUACUUACGCCCAAUUCGUAGGGUUUCAAGAUUCAACACACCAGAUCACCGAUUCGCUUCAGAUUCAUGGUAACCGAAGAGAAUUUCAGCGACAGGGUUCUCAAUUUCAACACCCGUCCUGCACUCUCCGAUGUCACCAACCGCCCCUCCAAGAGGCCCUUUUCUUCCAUCUCCGGCGACUCCCCUCGCAAAACCACAAGCGAUGGGGAUUCCCACUUCGCCAAAAAGAAGUUCCACUUUCAAUUAGGUGCGAAAUUGAGCACGCAGUUCAACGAUAACGACAAGCUUCAGUUCCCAGAAAAGGGGAAAAACCCUUCCCUCAGUUUCCUCUUCUGCGAUGCCGUCUCUGACGCCUCGUUACGGACACUCUCAUCUCAAACAUCGGAUCCACAGACCAACAAUUUACCGGAGGGACAGAAUUUCUUCGGUGGCGCCGGUGUGACUUCUUUGGGGUUAGGAAACGAUGUUCAAGAUAGAAACCCUAGCGGUGUUCCGGAAGGAAUACCCAUAACUGAAGGGUUCAGCAACCGCGUCAUUCAAAAUGACGACACAGAAGUUUGUGUUGAUAAAUUAGCGUCAUCCAAAUCUGUUGCGGUGGAACCGCCGGUGAUCUCUGCUUCCCACGAUUUUGGAUUUCCAGGGCUAGAACGGUGUUCGGCUCUCAAGGGGGUUAGUGGCGCAAACCCGUCUGUUGAUAGCGUCGACCUUCUGAAACAAUGCACUUGUUCCUUUUGCUCCAAAGCUGCUUAUAUCUGGUCGGAUCUCCAUUAUCAAGAUGUGAAGGGCAGACUAAGCGCUCUGAAGAAGAGUCAGAAAGAGGCAAGCACAACGCUUCAGAGGUUUUCUGACUUAAAGGAGAAAUUGGUGCAUGAUCCACAGAGCAGCACAGAGUCAUCCAAAUUAGAAUUGACCCUUAUGGAGCAGUGGAAGUCACUCUUUGUUCAUAUGGGCAACACAUUUGCUCAAGAAACUAAACAGCUUGAAUCAAAAUUUGAAGAACUGAGAGAUUUGAGAGAGAGCUGCAAGAGUAGCCUUGAUUCGACUGACAAUAGCAAUUCUGACAAUCAUUAGUAUUAUAAUGCUUUUGUGAUUGCAAUAUUUCUUCUUGCAGUUUAAUAGUCUCAAUUUUCAAUUAAUAUGCAUGUGAUUGUGGCUUUUAUGGAGAUUUGGUGUCUUUGUAAUACCUCCAAAGAAUCUGUAUAUUUUUUUUUGUACUUUUCCCAUUGAUUCUACUAUGAGGAGAAUCAAUCUAUUUUGGAGGAUUACUUCCUGUCUAAAUUGUUAUCCAUUAUACUGUUUGGUGUUGCUUUGAAUGGAUUGUUAGGAAGGUCUUUACAGGUGCUGCUUCAUAGUCUGUUCCUUAAAUGAGAUUGCAUCUUGUAUAAGAAGCUUGAUUAGUUA